GUCCCAAAUAUGUUUCUAGUUUACUAGAUAAGGACGCUGGAGGUCAUUGGGUUAUACACUAUGUAGUGCACUUUAAUAGGGAACAAGGAUGCGUUUGGGAUUAAACCAGCGGUUAGUUUCACUGGUGUAAACAUUUCUCCUUUUCCAGUGUCCUGUUACUUUAUGAGCGUCUUUAAGCUGUGUGUUGUAGAGGGACGUUUGUGCUGAACGUGUCAGAAAGAAGGAAAGGCCCUAAAGAACAGGGCUGACUUGUAAUCUGUGCCUUUCCGAGCUGCAAUGAGUGAUGUUGUUGAGAAAACCCUCAGUGCCCUCCCGAGUCUGCUCUCUCUGGAGUCUCAGUCUGGAGCCAACAAACUUUCACCCACAUCAAAAUUAGGACAUUUAGUCAGAAGCAUCACUGAACUGACAUCCAAAAAUGAAGAAGAGAAGCUCAUCUUUAAAGAGCUGGCUGCUGUUAAAGAGCAGAUAUCAUCCCCUAACACUACAAUGAGACAAAUGAGGGAGCUGAUGGUGAGAGCCAUGUAUUGUGAGAUGCUCGGAUAUGAAGCUUCUUUCGCUUACAUUCAUGCCAUCAAACUGGCUCAGCAAGGCACAGUACUGGAGAAGAGAGUCGGUUACCUUGCAGUGUCACUGUUUCUUAAUGAGAGUCAUGAACUGCUGUUACUGCUGGUCAAUACUGUAUUAAAGGAUCUUCAAAGCACCAACCUCAUUGAGGUCUGCAUGGCUCUGACUGUUGUAAGUCAGAUAUUUCCCAAAGACAUGAUACCGUCCAUUCUGCCCCUGGUAGAAGAAAAGCUGUCUCAUCAAAAGGAAAUCAUUAGAAGGAAAGCGGUGCUUGCUUUGUACAAGUUCUAUCUGAUUGCUCCGAAUCAAGUGCAGCAUAUUCACAGCAAGUUUCGGAAAGCCUUGUGUGAUAAAGAUCCUGGGGUCAUGAUGUCUUCUUUACACAUCUACCUGCAGAUGAUAAAGGAGAACCCAGACAAUUACAAGGAGCUGACCAGCAGCUUUGUAACCAUCUUGAGGCAGGUGGUUGGAGGGAAACUGCCUCUGGACUUUAAUUACCACAGUGUACCUGCUCCAUGGCUGCAGAUCCAACUGCUCCGUAUUCUGUCUCUGCUGGGGAAAGAGGAUCAGAGCACAAGUGAGCUGAUGUACGAGGUCUUAGAUGAGUCUCUGCGCCGAGCAGAAAUGAACCACAACAUUACUUAUGCAAUUCUGUACGAGUGUGUUAAGGCAAUCUAUACUGUUUACCCUAAAGCUGAGCUGCUGGAAAAAGCAGCUCGAUGCAUUGGGAACUUUGUGCUGUCUCCGAAGAUUAACCUGAAGUUCCUGGGGUUGAAAGCUUUAACAUACGUUGUUCAGUAUGAUGCCAACCUCGCUCUGCAGCACCAGAUGACUAUUAUAGAGUGUUUGGAUCACACAGAUCUCAUCAUCAAGAGAGAGACAUUAGAGCUGCUCUUCAGGAUCACUAACGCUCAGAACGUCACUGUGAUCGUGGAGAAAAUGUUGGGAUUCCUCCAGCUUUGUAAUGAUAACUACACAAUCAUUGAUCUUGUGGGAAAAGUGGCUGAGCUAGCUGAAAAGUAUGCUCCAGACAAUGAGUGGUUCAUUCAGACAAUGAAUGCAGUGCUCACUCUGGGUGGUGACCACAUGCAGCCGGAUAUUCCCAACAACUUCCUCAGGCUACUCACAGAGGGUUCAGAUGCUGAGGAGGACGACAGACAUCUCAAACUCUAUGCAGUGGACUCGUAUAUGGCAAUGCUGAAGGGUGACUGUUCUCACCUGCCCCAGUGCUUCCUCCAAGUCAUCAGCUGGGUGCUUGGCGAGUACUCGUGCAUGAGAGAAGGCUUGGACCAGCAUGAGGUCAUGAACCUCCUGAAGAAGCUGUUGGAGCAGAGAGGAGUGAGUUCCGAGACCAGGAGCUGGGUGCUAUGUGCCCUCACUAAGCUGUGCCAGAGCUCUGGGUCUGCAGAGCUGGUAGUGGAGCUGACAGAGAGCUUGGCCUCGUCCCUGGACACGGUGCUGCGGCAGCAGGCUCAUGAGCUGCAGAGUCUCAGUCGAGACUCACAGCUUCACGCUCGGGUACUGCUCCAAUCCAGGGACAGCACGCAGGUGGACUCCUCUCUCUCGUUUUUGGAUGGGUUUGUAUCUGAGGCUCUAGCUGCAGGUGCUGCUCCCUAUAAACCCUCUCAUCAGAGACAGGAAGAGCUUUGUCAGCAGAGAGCUCUGAGUUUGCAGCCAUAUGCACUGUCUCUGCCUGUGAACAUGUCCUCCUGUACGCUCACAGACAGACAGUCCCCGACCCUCCUGUCUACAAGCUCUGGCUUCUCUGGUAACAGCACUGAACCGUCCUUCAAGACAGGAGCGAGCACACUUGUGUUGGAGGGAGUGAAGAGAGUGUGGGGGAAGGAGGGUUAUCUGCCUCAGAAAGAGGUUACAGAAUCCUCUGCAGUAGUAGAGAGUGUAUUUCAGUCAUCCAACAAGGAAGUGGCUACACACGUUCCCCAGCUUGUGCUCGAACCCGAGCCUGAACUCGAGCCUUCACAUGUGGACCAGGAGAAGCAGCAGCUGGCAUCAUCUCUGUUUGUUGGACUGGGCUCUCAAAACUCUACAUCUCUGUUGGAGAAAACUGAAGCUCCAGCUCCUCGAUUCAGACGAAAACACCGGCAGCACGAGUCAGGAUCAUCAUCAUCAAGCACCAGCGAGACAUCUACAAACUCCUCCCAUACUUCCUGGCGCAGGACAGACAACUUGUACGAUGGCUUGCUGGAAGAGGAGCCAGUUACACAGUUUGUACAGAACUUGAAUCACACCCUGAAGUCCACUACACUUAACGGCAGCUGUGAUACAACGCAAUCGUGUGCAACCGUUUCGCCCAGCAUUUUGGAUGAAAACGAAGCUGAUGUGCUGAUCAGCCCUAAAACUCUAGCAGAGGAAGCAUCAGUAUUGCCUCAAAACGGUUGUUCUGACAUCACUGUUCUACAGUUACCAUCUGAACUGGAAGACCUGCCUCACUCUGACAUUAUCAGCUUGACCUCUGACCCCUACCUGUCCAUCUCUUGCUGCCGCAUUUACAGAGAAGAUGCUCUGCUGCUUGUGCUGUUCAUCUGCAACACCACGGAGAUGCGGCUUCACAAUGUCACUGUCGAACUGAGCUGUGAGGAACUGAAGAUGUCGAGUCUAAGAGGAAAUGUGAUGGAGUGUUUGGACAGCAGGGAUUCAUCAGUGUGUCGGUACACUCUGUUGAUGGAGAAACCUCACAUACAGGUGACCUUCAGAGGAUCUGCGUUGUACCAAACACAGUCUGGACAUUCAGACACGCUGCUGUUCUCUGGCAAACUCUCCACUGCAGACUUCAUAAGGCCACUGAUGCUGAGCACAGAAGAAUAUGGGAAACUAUGGAUGUCAUAUUCUAAUGAUGUGAAGCAGAACCUGAAACCACUGACAGGUUCCAAAGGUCCUCUCAUAACCUCUCUUAAUGCUCUUAAGGAAAGCCUUCGACUACACACAGUGCACAUUAUUGGGUCAGAGGGCAUCUUGGCCUGUCGUCUGCUGAGUGGCGCCCCGUGCCUGAUGCACUGUCGUGUACAUGGCGCCUCUCUGGCUGUAUGGUUGCGUUCUCCUCUACCUGCUUUCCCUGACUGUCUCCUCUACCACUGCCAGAGAGUCCUGCAAGACCCCUGAGCUUUAGCAACUCUAUGCAUCAAUCAUCUACUGAAAUGUUUUACAAUCCUUCUGCUAACUUGAGUAUGACUGACGAUUAGGAAUGAAGAAGCCUGACUGUGGCUGUGAUCAGAUCUUCCUUGAAGUAAUGACUGUCUGUAAAGCAAUAUGUCAGCUGUCUGUCUUUAACGAACUGCCUUAUAAUUUUUUUUUCUAAUUGAAUCCAAUUCCUGAGCUAAAGCCAUGUCACACAAAAUGUGUAUAUCAAAUGAAGAUAUAAAUAUAUAUUUAUUGGUUUUCAUAUUUUAAAACUUUAUUUUUUUCCCUUUUCUUCCAUAUUUGAACAGACACACUUAAUGUACAUGCUUAAUUUGUUACUGUUUAAAUCCCUGCAGUAUUUGUUAUGAAAGACCAUUAAUACAGGAGCCACAUCUUCCUUUAUAGCUGUAGAGGAAAUAUAUUUUAUAAAACA